CGCGCGCGCCGGGGGGCGGGGCGUGGCGGGCGCGCGCGAAAAUGGCAGCGCUGAGCGGGGACCCGCUGGGGCUGGAGCGGGAUGUGGCACGGGCGGUGGAGCUGCUGGAGCGGCUGCAGCGGAGCGGGGAGCUGCCCCCCCAAAAGCUGCAGGCGCUGCAGAGGGUCCUGCAGAGCAAGUUCUGCUCCGCCAUCCGUGAGGUCUACGAGCAGCUCUACGACACCCUGGACAUCGCUGGCAGCCCCGAGAUCCGGGCUCACGCCACCGCCAAGGCGACGGUAGCUGCCUUUGCGGCCAGCGAGGGUCACGCUCACCCGCGGGUGGUGGAGCUCCCCAAAACGGAGGAGGGGCUGGGCUUCAACAUCAUGGGGGGCAAAGAGCAGAACUCCCCCAUCUACAUCUCCCGCGUCAUCCCGGGGGGGGUGGCCGACCGCCACGGGGGGCUCAAACGGGGGGACCAGCUCCUCAGCGUCAAUGGCGUGAGCGUGGAGGGGGAGCAGCACGAGCGGGCGGUGGAGCUGCUGAAGGCGGCGCAGGGCUCGGUGAAGCUGGUGGUGCGCUACACCCCCCGCGUGCUGGAGGAGAUGGAGGCGCGCUUCGAGAAGCUGCGCACCGCCCGCCGCCGCCAGCACAACAGCUACUCGUCGCUGGAAUCGAGGGGGUAGAGCCCCCCCCCCCCCCCCGGACCCCCCCUCUGUAUAUUUGGAUUAUUUAUGGGGUGCAGCCCCCCCCUGUACAGUAUUUAUUGGCCCCUAUUUAAAGCUUGACGUGACCAACGCGUGUGUCA